GGCUAAUAAUACAAUAGCCAGGCCAUCAGGCAAAUUAUUAUAAACAGCUGAUCCAAGCUAUCUGUGAAGCCGACUUUAGCCGACUGGUCAGCAGAAAGCACUAACCUAUCUUAUUAAAUAGUUGAUAAACAAAAUAGUGCUGAAUAUAGCAAGUUAUAUACUAAUUUGCGUGGAUAAAGCAUAGUGCUUAAUUUGUGUGUGCAGCAUAAAUAAAAAAAAAUGUCUCAUCAUCAUUGUCAUCAUGAUCACGAUCACGGCAAUGCCGAUGAACUUGGUAUUCAAUAUAACCUGUAUGAAAAAAUUGAUAAGGAAAAUUUGCAAUGCCUGAACGAAAGUGUCGAAGGGUCUGGUAAAACAGUCUUCAAAUCAUGGGACAAACGACUUGACACGACUAACUAUGUAGAAAGUGAUGCAGAUGAAGAACUGUUAUUCAAUAUACCAUUCACAGGAAAUGUUAAACUGAAGGGAAUAAAGAUAUAUGCUGAAGAUUCUGACUCUCAUCCUGCCAAGUUAAGAUUGUUCAAAAAUAAGCCAAAUAUGACAUUUGAUGAUGUGACAAUGGAACCAGACCAAGUAUUUGAACUACAAAGGGAUAGCCAGGGUGUUUUGGAAUAUUCACCAAAAAUUGUAACAUUUUCGUCAGUUUCACAUUUAACAAUGCAUUUUCCUGCUAAUUUUGGCGCCGAAACCACCAAGAUAUACUACAUAGGAUUAAAAGGAGAAUGGACUCCCGGUCAUCGGCAUGGCGUAACUAUUUGUACAUACGAAGUAAGGCCUAAUCUUGAUGAUCAUAAACUUAAAAAUUUAGAUUCUGUAUCUAAACAAAUUGAAUAGUAAUAUCAAAUUAAGUGAGACUGCAUUGAAGUAUGUACUGACUGUAAUUUUGCAUACCAAUAUUAAAAUGUAAAUAAUGUAUUUCUCAUGUAUGUACAUAAUAAUAUUGUUGCCUUUUCUAAGAAAAUAAAAUGGUUUUUUUUUUUUUAAUCU